UCCUCCUUCCUGUUCUGGCCCCCACCCCAGAGGUUUCAGGACCUCUCUCUAGAGUCCCCACAUCCCUCUCUCCCCAGGCCUGAAAAGGAUGGGGAAGCCAGCAGUGUGGACGCCGUCUGCACCUACCAUCCUGACCCCGUGGGCCUCCAUGCCUCUGUGCUGGGAGCGGAGAGUCUCCACCUGUCUGCUUUUCCUCUCGGUGGCUCCAGGCUCUGCAGCCCAGAGUUUAUCCAUCCAGAGAGAGCACCAGCUACAUUUCCACAUCAUCAGCUGGAACCUCAGCAACCCGGAGCCCACAUCCUCGGAGUACACCGCCCUGCUGAGGGACACCCAGGACCAGGUCGGUCCCCCAUGGUAACCACACUGCAGUGGACUCACUGUGUACCCAGCCGCCUUGGCACAGAGACUGGAUAGAGUUGCCAUCUAUGAGGAAUUCC